AUGGAAAAGAUACGUAAAAGCCGGGAGGUCGUUGUAGCUAGCUUGGAAUUGGGAGAACUGAGUGAAGAAAGGAAGCCUCUGAUUGCUGUGGCCCCUAAGGCAGCGGCAAGUGCGCAGACUCUCAAAAUAAAGUCGAAUAUGGAGACCCCUCUCUGCCACCCACCGCCUCCCACCGAAGCCCCCACCUUUGCGGCACCGAUGCUUUUGUGCUUGCCGGAGUUUGAUUCCGGAAUUUUGAUGGAUGUGGUGGUGGUGGUGACCGUGGGGGUGGCGGUGGGCGAGAACGCGGUGGCGGUGGCGGGGGAGAUGGAGAUGGAGGUGGUGGUGGAGAAACAUCGCAUCUAA